UUGGGGGAGGCGGUGGCGGAGAAGAAGGAGGAGAAGAAGGAGGAGCUGGGCCAGCAGGAGGCAGCGGCCUCGACCCGGCAGGGGUGAUGGUGCAGGUGCCCGGGGCCCGCGAGGAGCUGCCCGGCUGAGGGGCGCCUGGUCCGGGGUCCGCAGCGCCGCCGCGUCUCUCCCGGGGGCGGUCGGUCGGGCGGGAAGAUGCUGAGCAGGUUGAUGAGCGGCAGCAGCAGGAGCCUGGAGCGCGAGUACAGCUGCACCGUGCGGCUGCUGGACGACAGCGAGUACACCUGCACCAUCCAGAGAGAUGCCAAAGGCCAGUACCUGUUUGACCUUCUUUGCCACCACCUGAACCUUCUUGAGAAAGACUACUUUGGGAUCCGCUUUGUGGACCCAGAUAAGCAGCGGCACUGGUUGGAGUUCACAAAGUCUGUGGUGAAGCAACUAAGAUCACAGCCUCCAUUCACCAUGUGUUUCCGGGUGAAGUUUUACCCUGCAGAUCCUGCUGCACUGAAAGAAGAAAUAACCAGGUAUUUAGUCUUCCUACAGAUCAAAAGGGAUCUCUACCAUGGCCGCCUCCUCUGUAAAACAUCCGAUGCUGCCUUGUUAGCAGCUUACAUCCUUCAAGCUGAGAUUGGGGAUUAUGACCCAGGGAAACACCCUGAAGGCUACAGCUCCAAGUUCCAGUUUUUCCCAAAACAUUCAGAGAAGCUGGAAAGGAAAAUUGCUGAGAUUCACAAGACAGAACUCAGUGGUCAAACACCAGCAACAUCAGAGCUGAACUUUUUAAGAAAAGCACAGACAUUGGAGACAUACGGAGUGGACCCUCACCCAUGUAAGGAUGUGUCAGGAAAUGCUGCAUUUCUGGCCUUCACUCCUUUCGGGUUUGUCGUUCUGCAAGGAAACAAGAGGGUCCACUUCAUUAAGUGGAAUGAGGUGACGAAGCUGAAAUUUGAAGGAAAGACUUUCUAUUUAUACGUAAGUCAGAAAGAGGAAAAGAAAAUUAUUCUCACAUAUUUUGCUCCAACUCCAGAAGCCUGCAAGCACCUCUGGAAAUGUGGAAUUGAGAACCAAGCCUUCUACAAGCUGGAGAAGUCAAGCCAAGUCCGCACAGUGUCCAGCAGCAAUUUAUUCUUUAAAGGGAGCCGGUUUCGAUACAGUGGCCGAGUUGCAAAGGAAGUAAUGGAGUCAAGUGCAAAGAUCAAACGGGAGCCACCAGAAAUACACAGAGCAGGGAUGGUUCCCAGCCGCAGCUGUCCCUCCAUAACCCAUGGGCCAAGGCUGAGCAGUGUCCCCAGGACUCGGAGAAGAGCUGUUCACAUCUCCAUCAUGGAAGGCCUCGAGUCCCUCCGGGACAGCGCCCACUCCACGCCAGUGCGUUCCUCCUCCCACGGUGACACCUUCCUGCCUCACGUGAGAAGCAGCCGGGCAGACAGCAAUGAGCGCGUCGCCGUGAUUGCAGAUGAGGCCUACAGUCCUGCAGACAGUGUGCUGCCCACCCCUGUGGCUGAGCACAGCCUGGAGCUGAUGCUGCUUUCCCGGCAGAUCAAUGGGGCCACCUGCAGCAUCGAAGAGGAGAAGGAGUCUGAAGCCAGCACUCCAACUGCUACAGAGGUGGAGGCCCUUGGGGGAGAGCUGAGGGCCCUGUGUCAGGGGCACGGCAGGCCAGAGGAGGAACAGAGUGGGCAUCUGAAGGGACCACCGCUACCGCAGCAGCAGCAGCAGGGGUGGGGUAAGUCUGUCCCCUUAGACUAGAUCCUAGUGGGCAUUGCCAUGAGUUUUAUAUAAUGAACUUAGACUUCUGUGAUUUUUUUUUCCUGAGGAACCUCAAGACUUUUAUAGUGCUCCAGAGACACGAGUUGAAUUCAGUGGUGCCUGAGAUAAGACUGUCAGAAAUGUCGGACAAAGUGUAGUUAACAGAAACGAGAACUUGGGUACCUAAGAAACUGUUGCGAUUCAGAGAGCAGUACCUAUUUUGUACACUCCCCCUGCAAAAAAACUAUUUCAAUUUAUAUUUUAACAACAAAAUAUUAUUUUCUUAUCAAUUCAUAUUUUGUUUUUACUUUAUGGAUUAAGAAAAUAGAGCCUGAUGAACUAAACGAUGCAAGAAAGAAACUGAUCCUGAGAAAGAAAAGCUUCAGAAAAUAGAAUUCCAAGAUCAACAAAGAGCCUUGGAAGGGACCAGGAAAAUAAUUUCUUUAAAUAGGCAUACUAAAAGAUGCCUACAAAAGAAGGAAGGUGAACGUGGCAGAGACCAACACUUAGAUGUAGAAAUACUGCCCCCUAGGGUCAUCCUCUGCAUCAGGAAAGUAAAAGUUGUAGAGAAGCAUUUGCCAUCCUUGCUGAGGGAAGCUGUGGAAGCAUGCAAAAGCACAGCAUGUGAAGGGUGAUCGUGGCGUCCAAGGCCCAAGCUCUGCAACUCUUCGCGACUACUCACAUACAAGAUCUUGUUCUCAUCUCAGGGAGAGAUUUCUAAGUCAUCUGGGGCCUGAGGACUUAUUCAAGGAUAGUCCAUAGACAUAUUCCUGGGACCCACACAGCAGUGGAAUGGCUGCUAACAUCACAUGAUAUUGGACAGCACCAAAUGCAGAACAGAAUGAGUCACUUGUAGAUUUGCAAUGCCCUAGUUUGUCCCCUGAAAUAGCAGAAUCAUGUCCAUGUACAAAGUAUAACAGACGUGGAGUUGCCAGGGGGUGCAAGGUGGGGGAAGCGGAUUGCACAAUUCUAAAUACCCUUUCAUCUAGACCAGGGAUUGGCAAACUUCUGUAAAGUGCCAGAUAGAAAAUAUCUUUUUAUUUUGGUUUUCUGGGCCAUACUCUGUGGCAACUACUCAACUUUGCCGUCACAGCACAAAAACAGCCAUAGGUAAUACAUAAACAAGAGAACAUGGCUGUGUUAUGUAAAAGCUUAUUUAUAAAAAUAAACAGUUGAAUUUGGACCACAGGUCAUAUUUUGCCAACCCAGAUCUAGACAUCAAAACUGCUCCUUACCAGUAUGUUAGCAGAAAGAGGGUCAGCUCUGCUCCCAUUCCUGACUUGCUAAAGGUCCAAGACCAUUUCCCAGUCGAGGCACUGGGGUUGCUUGUUUAAAGGGUGCUUGAACAACCAACCAGCAAAGAGGUAUCUGAUGCCAUGAUGAGCAAGAUCAAGUGUUGAAAUGCUGAAACUCCACCAGAAGCUAAGAAUGGAAGAGGAAUGUCUGAUCAUUUCCAUACCAGCGACAAUUUGGGCAGAAUUAUAAACAUCUAUUUACCAAGUGACAAGACAAACUGAAGGAGAUCCUAGUAAAACUUAGGGAUCACUUAGAACCAACUAUCCACUGCCACUUGUCAUCUACACAGGAAAGGCUUUCUUUAGCACAGGACUGACGUGAAAAGUAGACUCUGAGAUGAAAGGCUGUCAGGAGAUAGGCGGCUGGUUUGAACCUGGAUAUCUACUGUCUUAUGCAACAUAGCAGAUUACCUUUUAGUGUAGUGUUCCUACCUCAGUCUGUAGAAUAUGGUGUUUCUAUGCAGUGAGUGAGUGAUAGCCUUGACGCUGACCUUUCAUAUUCAUAUUAAGGAAAGAUGCAGUAUUCCAUUUCCUGGUAUGUUACUUGUGUCUAGAGUUCUAACAGUACAAUAGUCCAUACCACUUCCAACAGCUGGAUUUUGCUCUCUGAACAGAAACUUUGGGGUUUUUUCCAGGGCUUACCCCAGAAACUACAGAUAGUAAAGUUUCCUUCAAUUUGCUUUUCAAAUAGUCCUUGAACAACAAACCUCCUUUGUUGGUGACUAUUUUGGUAUCUCCCCAUCAUUAAGCAUCGUUCAAAUUUUUAACCUGGUUUUACUGUGUUCCACUAUGUCUCCCAGUUUCUCUCAAAAUUAGUUUGAUCUCAUUGUAGAAAUAAAGUAAUGGUUCCCAUAGCUUCAUCCAUAAGAGGAAAUAAAACUCUUACUAAAGAAUAGUGUACUGCAUCGUUAAGCAGUAGAAGGUAAACUACCUGCAAAUGUGAAUUUCUUAGUUUCAUUAAAAAGUAUAGUUGUUAACCUUCCGUGUGCCAAAAAUUCUAAGUUACACUUUCCUUCAAAGCAAUGUACUUUUUUCUACAUAUGCAGUAUGUAGUUAGCAUAAAAUCAUUGGUGCCAUGAAAAUUAUUUUUAAACCUAAAUAAAUAUUUAAAUAUCAUGGAA